AUGGCCUCCAACGACCAGUUUGAAGCAGCAGCACCUACCUCUCAGCCUCGAGCCUCCAAUCCAUUCACGGUAGAACAUGCCCACUGGUCUAUGUACGAUGACGAUACCGGUCAGAUACAUCCUCACGAACCACUCGAACAUUACGGCCCUGGGGGCUAUCAUCCAGUGGCCCUAGGGGACACAUUUCAAGACGCUCGUUACACUGUUCUACGCAAAUUAGGUCACGGAGGUUACUCUACCGUUUGGUUGGCGUCCGAUAGUCAGGGUAUCCAGUCCGGUGUACCGAGAAGAAGAUUCGUUUCCAUCAAAAUCAAGAGGGCUUCAUCCUCAAAUAUGGGUCUGUAUGCUGAUCCAGAAGUUGUCAAGUUGAGAGCCCUGGAGAACCACUAUCUGAAAGGCCCACAAGACAAUCCGAGAUCGUUUGUUAUGUUGCUCGACUGUUUCGUCCACAACGGCCCCAACGGAACACACAAUUGCCUUGUCACAGAACUUCUGGGUCCUUCACUCAGUAAUGUGAUGCGUGUAUAUCGCGACCUUGAGCAAGUAUUACGACCAGACACUAUCCUGCGAGCUUCGAGACAAAUUCUUGAUGGCGUGCACUUCGCCCAUCAAGCCGGAUUUGCACACGGAGAUAUAUCCGCAGCAAACAUUGUCUUCACUUGCAACGCAAUCCUGGAUGACAAAGAUGAUGACCUCCUCGAAGUACUAGGUGAUCUUUACGUAGCUAAAGCUAAGACGUCUCUUCCUUCGCCUCACGCUCCGAAAGAGCUAGUAGCGACGUCUCGAUGGGGGCUCUGGAAUGACGGGCCUGAAGAGGAUAUUCGGUUCAUUGACUGGGGGGCAGCUUUCCCGGUAGAUCAAACUGUGUCUCAGGAAUUCAUGCCUCAGCCCAUCGACCUUCGCGCGCCCGAGACCUUUUUCAAUGGCCAUCUCACCUGCAAAAUCGACUUGUGGCGAGCUGGCUGUGUGGAGUCAAUAUUUGGUGCCCGUUACAAUGACAGGCAUUUCUUUCUCGAGCAGGUGAUCAAGAAGGUGGGACCGCUUCCAGAGGAUUGGCAGUCCAAGUUUGAAGAAAUCCGACAGGAGAACAAGGAUGCAGACGCUGAUGAAGCCAAUACCCCGUGGGAGAAGUUCGCAGACACAUUCGAAGAUCGCCGCCAGAGCCUUUUCAAGACAUAUACCGACGACGACGAAGACGUUUCCUGGAAAUACGAGCGAGACGACCACACGGAAUACGAUUUCGAGUGCCUAAAAUCUAUCCUUUUGCCUAUGCAACAGCUGCUCCAACACGAGCCGGAGAAGCGCAUUUCUGCGAAGGAAGCCGCUCACCUUAUCGAGUGGACAGAUCAUCGCCGGGUGGGUGGCGAAAUUUCAGUUCCAGUUGAGCAUCAAGGUGAACUGGACCCAGAGUGUCGGGAGGAUAACCAGUAG